AUGGAUGUUGACCCUCUUUCUGCCUAUUAUUACUCUGACCUAGAGGAAGGCAAAUGGAAGGCAAGCAAGGAGCAGAAGAGCUGGGAGGAAGAAGAUGAAUCGGAGAGAACACCGGUAGUGGAACUCGUUCCCCAAGAAAUGGAAAGGGAGGGGAUAGAUCUGAACGAAACGGCCAGAAAAAAAGUCCUUAUGACUGAUGAGGAGUUUGAGGAGCUUUUGAACGAGGCAGUAGGAGAGAGUGAAGAAGCUGGUACAAGGAACGACCCAGAAGGCCUAGCCCACCAGCCAGUAGACAAGGUGGAAGAGAAACAGACCGAAGAGGGGGAGCCGAAGUCGGUGACUCCCCAGCCAGAAGCAGGGGAGAGUGAUAUACAAAUCGAGGAGAAGAAUACCGAGGUACAACCAACGGAACCAGAGCAGGUGGUACCACCAGUAUUGAAACCGAAAGCAGUUAAAAGAAAAUUGGUGUUUAAAGGUGAUCCAAAGGCAGAACGGCUGAAGCCAAAGAGAGUAUCGCAAAGAUGCCUCGGGAAAUGGACAUCCAAAAAGGCAGGAGCAAACACGGCAGCAAGUGCGUUGGAAAUCUCUAGUGAAGAACACAGGGCUACUCCUACAAAACCUGGGGAGGAAUCCUUGUCGGCUACCAACUUGAAAUAUGCCUCGACAGCAACCGAGGUGGUCUCACCCACGCCGAGUGACCAGAGGGAAGAAACUGACACGAUGACUGAGGGUCUGGACCUCGCAUCGGAAUCAGUAGGGCACCCAGAGCCAGGAGAUGACAGUACCCAUAUCCGCUUGGAGACCAAGUCUACUGCCCAGAAGGAGCCUUCAACACCAACAGAGGAGAGACCGGAGGAAAAUAAAGACGGAGAUGAGGACUGA